AGGCCGGCCGCCCUCCGCGGCCGCCUCAGCCUCGCGCCGCCCUCCUCGCCGCUGCCGCCACCUUCCCCCUCCGCUCCCGUCCCUCUGCGAGAGCCUCCAGCGUUCUGCUGACUGACAACAUCCCCCGGCCGCUCCCCGGGGGUAGACUCCCUUCAGACAUCGUUCGGAGGCUCCGCGGAGAGGGAAACGGGGUCGGACUCUGCUCGAACUUAGUUCGCAGACGUGGCGGUCGUGUCCGAAAGCCCUGACCCCGCUCGCCAACUUGUCACGGAUACCUUAGCAUCAUGAGAGUCCGCCCCUGACCCCUUCUUAGACAUCUUAGCUGUCAAGGAGGAAAUAUUUUAUUAUUUAUUUUUAACGUGGACUUAAUGUGAUAAAAUUGGCGUCCCAGAUUUCAGGAAGGAACGUGGGUUGGCCUACUUGACCCGGGUCAAAGAACUGUUUGCAAUUGCCUGUCGGUAGAAGAAAAAUCAAAACUACCCGGUGUUCCAUCUCAUUUUAAGACUUUACACCUUGCAGGCCACAUGUCGGAUUUCAUUUUGGAAGACAUGGAUCUUGCUGCUAAUGAGAUCAGCAUCUAUGACAAACUUUCAGAGACUGUUGAUUUGGUGAGACAGACAGGCCAUCAGUGUGGAAUGUCCGAGAAGGCGAUUGAAAAGUUUAUCAGACAGCUACUCGAAAAGAAUGAACCUCAAAGGGGACCACCCCAGUACCCUCUCCUUAUAGCCAUGUAUAAGGUCCUCCUAACUCUGGGAUUAAUCUUGUUCACUGCCUACUUUGUAAUUCAGCCUUUUAGCUCAUUAGCACCCGAGCCAGUGCUUUCUGGAGCUCACACCUGGCGCUCACUCAUUCAUCACAUUCGGCUGGUGUCCUUGCCCAUUACCAAGAAGUACAUGCCAGAGAAUAAGGGCGUUCCUCUGCAAGGAAGAGAGGAAGACAAACCCUUCCCAGACUUUGACCCCUGGUCAUCAAAUAAUUGUGAACAGAACGAGUCAGAGCCCAUUCCUGCCAACUGCACUGUCUGCGCCCAGAUUCUACCCCUCAAGGUAACGCUCCCAGAAGACACUCCCAAGAACUUUGAGAGACUCCGUCCUCUGGUGAUCAAGACAGGACAGCCUCUGUUGUCUGCAGAGAUUCAGAGCUUCUCUUGUCAGUACCCUGAAGUCACAGAGGGCUUCACCGAGGGCGUUCUCACCAAGUGGUGGCGCUGCUUUCCUGAGAGGUGGUUCCCGUUUCCUUACCCAUGGAGAAGACCUCUAAACAGAUCACAGAUUUUACGGGAACUUUUCCCAGUUUUUACCCAACUUCCAUUUCCAAAAGAUGCCUCCUUAAACAAGUGCUUCCUGAUCCAACCGGAACCUGUGGUGGGUAGCAAGAUGCAUGAGGUGCAUGACCUGUUUACCAUUGGCAGCGGGGAAGCCAUGUUGCAGCUCAUCCCUCCCUUCCAGUGCCGAAGACACUGUCAGUCUGUGGCCAUGCCGAUAGAGUCUGGGGACAUUGGUGACCUCAGCCUUGUCCCUGUGGCCUGGAUGUGUUCAGCCCAUCACCUCCACAGCAACGUUCAAGUGUCAGUGUCUCCUUGCCCAGCCGAAGCCAGCUAAAACUGAUCUGAACUUCACACCAUCCUGCAUCCGCUUUCAGAGGACUGGGGUCCCAGUCUGCUACUAUGAUACCCGAGAUGGAAACCAAGGCAUCAUAACUGCCAGGUGAGCCACGUGACACAGCCCCUCAGAAAGAGUCUUCCUGGGGUAACCCGUACCUCACAGUGCUCAGCUCCUCAUGGGGCUUCGCUCUCGGUCUUUCUCACGGUUAACACUUUGUGCUGUGUGUGCCUGGUCUAUCUAUCCAGCCGUCCUGCUGUCGGGGAACCAGGGCAGAGCGACCGUUUGCAGCAUACACGGAGAAGCUUGUGCUAAGUGUUCAUUUACACGAAAUGAACAUCAUUGCUCAUUACCACCCUAAUGCUUACUCUUCACGAGUCACUGUCCUCCAGAGUCAACUCAUCUGCCUGCUCAGAAUUAAACAUUUGAACACCUCUGCCCCCAAUUAGCAUUUGGUUCAUGUUGAAGGGAAGUGAGGUAGCCUGUUCUCGGUGCUAAUCUUAGCCCUUGAGAGCAUUUGAGAGUGACUUGAGAGCCCUCCCUCCUUCCUCUCUCCUCCCUCCUGAGGUUCUCACCCGCACCACUCCCUCCCAAGGCCUCUAUGCUAACACUAGGACCUCAGGAGUGAGGAAGCAGUGAGCCAUCCCUUUGCCCUGCCCUUGGGCUUACUCUGCCUCCUGCACAAAUUGCCCAGGGAGAGCUCUCCUCAGUAAGUCUCGCCUUCCUCCAGCCUGCAUGGCAGAGCACAGCACUCCUGGUGCAUACCCAGUGCCCAUAGCUCAUCCCUGCUGCUCUGAACACCGCACACACACACACACACCCCUUCACCACGUCCACAGUGAACCUGGGAGCCUCCCGAGGCUCACUCCCCUCUCAUCCUCUGCUCUCCUCAGGUCCACGCGCUCAGGCAUCCAGUCCCACUGCUAUGCUGUGUGAUGCUGGUUCCUCACCACAGUGUGACUGCGUUCUUCCCACCACCCCACCUCUCACUCCAGCAAGCUGCUGCAACUGUCUCCAGAGCAUACGUGCCAUGGCCUCCCUGUUUGCUGGGACUCCAUAGCCUCCCCGCCAGCCUCCGUCUUCCUCCUCUUCCUCUUCCUUCCCAUCCUGAUGCUGUGCCCACCUCUGCUGGACCAUUGUGGUUCUGACACAUCCAGGCUGAGGUUUUGGUUUUUAUAAACUUCUCUAUUUAGAGCAGUUUUUAGUUUCACAGCAAGAUCAACACACACGCACGCGCACGCACACGCGCACACACACACACACACAAGCACACACAGCCUUCUCAAGUCCCACCACCCUGCACCAGACAAGAACGGACGGCCCUUACAGCUAUGAGCCCAUGCUGACCUGUUGUUCCCAUCUGUAAGCUAUAGCCUGCCCCAGGUUCACUCUCGCCAUGCCUCACUGUGUGGGUGGGAACAAGUAUAGAUCAUUCGCACUGUUAUAGUACUGAGUAUGGUAGGUAGGUUGGGUUUUUUUUUUUAUCGACGGUGGUUUUGUUGUUGAGAAAGGGUCUUUCUACAUAGCCCUGGCUUUUCUCUUCACUAUGUAGACCAGCUGGCCUCUAAAUCACUGAGAUUGCCUGCCUCUGCUGGGACUAAAGGCGCGUCACUAAACGUGUCACCACACCUGGCCCAGACAGUAUAAGUAGACUUAUUGGUUAGAUCUAUUGGUCAGAAACAUUUCCACCACUAUCCUCAUAGGCUAUACUUUCCCAGAGCGCUAUGUGAUGAGGUCAUCAUACAGUACAUAGGCUUCAGACCGGCUUCUUCGUGGUAGACACGGAAAUGAUCCUUCUGCACCUCAGUUUGGCAGAACUGAGCACAGCACAGCACCCUAUUGCCUGUACUUCCCAGGGCUUCUCCGUUCGUCAACCGGCAGCCAUUCUUGAUCACGUCUAGGCUUGUACAGAGGUGAAGCUGCUAGAAUGCUCUACGACAUGCUGGCUCCAUACAGACACAUUUUCAGUCCACUUGGGCAUACAACUGCUGGAUCUACAGUACGAGUAGCUAAUUUUUUUUUAAAGAUUUAUUUAUUUUAUUUAUAUGAAUACACUGUAGCUGCUUCAGACACACCAGAAGAGGGCACCAUUACAGAUGGUUGUGAGCCACCAUGUGGUUGCUGGGAAUUGAACUCAGGACCUCUGGAAGAACACUCAGUGCCCUUAACCUCUGAGCCAUCUCUCCAGCCCGAGUAGUUAAUUUUUAUGAAGCCAUCAGAUCUUCUUACCAAGUGGGUGUAACAACCUUGCGUUCCCAUCAGCAAUGGGAUGUGGGGUUUUUUUGUUUGUUUUUUAAUUCUUUGACAAUCUCCUGCAUGUAUGUCCUGCAUUUUGGUUACUUUCACCCAUUACUCCCUCUAUCCCUCCCUGGCGCCGCCCUCCCCAUUUCACGUACAUUGCUGCCGGUUUACUUUGGCUUGGCUGCUUAAGGUUACUUACUGGCAUGUGCACAGCUUACUGCCGUCAGCUACCCGCAUGAAGAAACGACUCCUCCCACCCCAACAGCCAUAAACUGCUAACACAGCUCUUCAGGGACAGGUGGGGCCACGGCAACUCCUCCCUCAGCCAUGAUGGGGUAUGAACAGAGCCCAGUCUUAGCUCAGGUUUUGACCACAGCUGCUCUAUUGUGUGCAAUGGCCAUGCCGUGUCCAAAAGUCAGCAUCUCAUGGUCCUCCUCCCACGUCCCAGUCCUUAUGUCCUUCCCACCCGUCUGCAAUGUACCCUGAGCCUUGGGUGGGUGAUUCAGAUCUCAGCUGGUGCUUAGCAUCCAAGGAGCGCUCACUCCUAGCCCUCUGACCAGUCACGAGUCCCUGCAUUAACUCUCGCCCAAGCUCUUGAGAGAUUUCAUGGCCCUCGAUCUCUGCCAGCAUUUGGUGACGUCCACGUCUGGAUUUUGGCCCUUCCGUCUGGUCUGUAUUACUGGUCUGGUCUGUUAUUACUGGUAUUACCAUAUUAUUUUAAUUUGUGAUUCCCUAAUGAUGUAUGAUGACAAACAUUUGCAAUUUGCCAGCUGUAUGUCUUCAUUAAGAAGUUCCCUGGGCUCUUUGGCCAUUUUUUUUUUUUUUUCGGAGCUGGGGACCGAACCCAGGGCCUUGCGCUUGCUAGGCAAGCGCUCUACCACUGAGCUAAAUCCCCAACCCCUUUGGCCAUUUUUUUAAGGUAGAUUGUUUGUUUUCUUUUUCUUUUUCUUUUUUUUUAGAUUUAUUUAUUUCUUAUAUUUAUAUAUACUGUGCAAACUGUAGCUGUCUUCAGACACACCAGAAGAGGGCAUCAGGUCUCAUUACAGAUGGUUGUGAGCCAUCAUGUGGUUCCUGGGAUUUGAACUCAGGACCUCUGGAAGAGCAGUCAGUGAGGGGUUGGGGAUUUAGCUUAGUGGUAGAGCACUUGCCUAGCAAGCUCAAGGCCCUGGAUUCUUUCCCCAGCUCUGAAAAAAAGGAAAAAAAAAAGGGGGGGGGGGUUGGGGAUUUAGCUCAGUGGUAGAGCGCUUGCCUAGCAAGCGCAAGGCCCUGGGUUCGGUCACCAGCUCCGGAAAAAAAAAAAAAAAAAAAAAAAGAGCAGUCAGUGCUUUAACCACUGAGCACCUCUCCAGCCCGGUUGUUUGUUUUCUUACAUAGAGUUUGAGAGCCCUCUGUAUGUUUUGGUACCAAUCGCUUGUUAACUGUGCCUUUUCUCCAGACUGAGGCCUUCGUCAAGACUGACAUUGUCGUUUUAGAGCAGAAGUAUGCCCUCUCCUUGUGUGUGGUUUUCCUGAAUGAGUCCCAAUGAAGCCCAGGCUAGCCUCAAACCCUCAGGCCUCUUGUUCACCUUUCUGAGCACUGGGAUUCCAAGUCUGAGCCACCACGCCUCAAUGAAAGGUUCUCAUUUUCAGUCAAGCCAGCUUACGGACUGUGCCUUUGGUGUUGGCUCCAAAAGCCUCCUCUGGGGCUGGAGGAGUGGCUCCUGCCCUUGCAGAGUUCGGUUCCCAGCACCCACAUGGUGACUCAUUGCCCACCAUAGCACCAGUUCCAGAGGAUCUGGCCUCUUUUGGCCUCUAUGGGCAUCACAUACAUAUGUGUGCACACAUGUGACAUACAUGUAGGCCAAACACCCACACACAUAAAAUUUCUAAACAUCACCUCUGUAUUCGGGGUCACCUAGGUUUUCUUCUAGUUUUUAGUGUUUGACUCUAUAUAACCCAUUGUGUGGGUUUUACUUCCCUCCCUCCCUCCCUCCCUCCCUCCCUCCCUUCCUUCCUUCCUUCCUUUUUCUUUCUCUCUGUUCUCAGUGCCAGGAAGCACACUGCUGACCGCAGGUGCGCGUCUCUUCGCGGCCGUCUCCCGUGCCCCACUGUUCUCAGAAUUCUAUUGCAAGGACCACGCUGUCUGACUGCUGUGGCUUUCCUGCAGAUUCUGAUCAGCGAGAGCCACCUGUUUCUUUUGGGUUGAGUGCAGUUGGUUUUCUGAGUAUUUUGCCCAGCGUGAAGCUGAAAGUCAUCUCUUGGCGUCCAGAGAACACACAAUUUCGUGGAAACGGCAGCACUGGAUGCGCACACCGUCAUUUCAGGGGACCGGAAGUUCAGCGGACCGGAAAUAUAGGCCUUAACUAGCGCACCGGCUGGCUUUACCUCAGCUCAACAACAGACCAGGCCAUUGAGGACGAGGGGAAAUCACUUGAGAAAAUUCCCCCACCGCGUUGGCCCAUAGGCAAGUCUCUGAGGCAUUUUCUUAAGUGAUGAUUUUGGGGGAAGGAGCCAGCUCACUGGGCCAGGUGCUGCCCCUGGGCUGGUGGUCCUGGGUUCUGUAAGAAAGCAAGCUGAGUAAGCCGUGAAAGCCAGCCACUCCCCCAUGGCCUCUGCAUCAGCUCCAGCCUCAGUUUCUGCCCUGACUCCCCUUGCUGAUGAACUAUAACUGUAAGCUGAAUAAAUCCUUUCUUUCCCAAGUA